CGUCGGCGUCGGCGGGAGCGCAGGGCUGGAACCCGUCGGAGGAGCCAAUUACGGAUAGCCUGAGUUCAAAAGCGCUGACGGUGAGGGCUGCGGGGCCGGCGAUUGGGGAGGCGACGGAUGUUGCGAAGGCUGCAACGGCGGCGGCUGCCUUGGGUGUUCCGUACGCCGCGCUCGGAGGCUUGACGGCGUUGACGACGGCGACGGCGUCGGCGGCGUCGGCGGCGGCAGUACGGAGACCCAUGAGUCCGGAGGUGACUGCUGCCACCCGUGGCGUCACGGCGGACUCAGAAGAUGAGUUCCGUCAGCGGCGUCCGGCAGCGGCGGCAGCGAAGGCGGAGGCGACGGCGGCGGCGGAAGAUGGAGAUGAAGACGAGGGGCACCUCCAAGCGCUUGGCGCUCCCCACGGCUGCGGAAUGGGAAGGCGUGCUGUCAGCGGCAGCGGCAGCGGCUCCAGCGCCGACGCGACUGGGGAUACACCUUCAUCGGCGGCGGCGAGCAUGCACCUCGACAUCGCCGGGGGUUCGGCAGGGCCGCUUGCGGCGACCGAGGCACGGCGGCGCUUCCUGCAUGCCGUACGCGAUCGGCUCGAGGUGCUUAAAAUGGGUCUGGAUGGUCAGGUCUUGCGCCUUAUGUCGCCGCCGCCACCGCGGUGGCUUCCGAUGACGGAGGCCGAGGCGGCGAUGGUUGCCGAGGCUGUUGGAGCUGGCAGUCGCGGAGGCGGCAGCGGAGGCGGAGGCCAUAGGCGGCUUUCGCUUUUGAUGCUUCCCAGCCUGGCGCUGGAGCUGCGUCUGGGAUCCGCAAGACCAUGGAGAGGCAGAGCGGAGGCGGGUGCGGGUGCGGAGGCGGCGGAGGCGGUUGGCGGAGCGAAGCAAAAGUAUGCCGACGAGGGCGCACACGACAGUGUACGGCAGCUGUUGGACGAGCUGGAGGUGGAGUUGGCGGUGGAGGCGCACUCGGGAGUUCUAAGCGAGGCGGCGGGCUGGGACGACCGUUGGAUUUCCCAGGAAGACGAGGGCCUGGCGGCGCCGG